AUGGAAGUGGUACUCCCACCAACACCUUCUCUCCACUCAUCACCCCUUACUCAACCGCAUAUCCCUCCAACCCCCCCUUUGCAAGAUUACGACGAGUACCAAAAGCUAGGCUUUGUAUUGCCCUCAAACGGCGUCGGAAACUCCGCACCACUCUACCCCCUCCCUCUCACACCAAGAGAAAACAAGGUCCUCCCCGAAGACCUCAAAACCCCCGACAACCACGUGGAAAGAGACCCCCGGCUCAUCAGGCUAACCGGCAUCCACCCGUUCAACGUCGAGGCCCCACUAAGCGAGCUCUACGACGAAGGCUUCCUCACCACCAAAGACCUGCACUACGUCCGCAACCAUGGCGCCGUGCCCGAGGUCGACAACGCGGGCCUGCUCGACUGGGAAUUCACCAUCGAAGGCCUCGUCGCGCACCCCGCCACCCUCACCCUGCGCGACCUCAUCCAGACCUACGACCAAGUCACCUACCCGGUGACCCUCGUCUGCGCGGGCAACCGGCGCAAGGAACAGAACCUGGUCCGCAAGACCAAGGGCUUCUCCUGGGGCGCGGCGGGCGUGUCCACCGCCCUGUGGACAGGCACUCCCCUCGGAGACCUCCUCGCGCGCGCGGCGCCCACCCGCGGCGCGCGCUACGUGUGCUUCGAGGGCGCCGACCGCCUGCCCAACGGGUAUUAUGGCACGUCGGUCAAGCUGGCAUGGGCGACCGACCCGGACCGCGGCAUGCUGCUCGCCCACCGCAUGAACGGCGAGCCGCUGCACCCGGACCAUGGGAAACCCUUGCGUGUGGUCAUCCCGGGGCAGAUUGGUGGGCGCAGUGUUAAGUGGUUGAAGCGGAUUAUCGUGACUGAUCGGCCAAGCGAGAACUGGUAUCAUAUCUAUGAUAAUCGCGUGCUGCCUAUGAUGAUCAGCCCCGAGGAUAGCGCCAACUUGCCCGAGACGUGGAAGGAUGAGAGGUAUGCCAUCUAUGAUUUGAAUACCAACAGUGCGAUCUGCUAUCCGGCGCAUGAUGAGCGGGUGGCGGUGCCGCCGGGCGGGGAGGGGACGUAUAAGCUGAGGGGGUAUGCUUAUGCGGGUGGUGGGAAGCGGGUGACUCGGAUGGAGGUAACGUUGGACCAAGGCAGGACGUGGAUGCUGGCGAGCAUGUCAUAUCCAGAGGACUUAUACCGGCUCGCGGCUGAGGGGGAGGUGCUGUUUGGUGGGAGGUUGGAUAUGGCGUGGCGGGAGAGCUCUUUCUGCUGGUGUUUCUGGGAGCUGGACGUGCCGCUCUCGCGGCUGCAAGAGGCGGGUGAUGUGAUGAUCCGCGGGAUGGAUGACUCCAUGAUGGUGCAGCCGCGGGAUAUGUACUGGAGCGUGCUGGGUAUGAUGAACAACCCGUGGUACAGGGUCGUCAUUCACAAGGAGGCGCAUGGGUUGAGGUUCGAGCAUCCCUGCCAACCGGCGCUAAUGCAGGGAGGGUGGAUGGAACGAGUUAAGAAGGAAGGCGGUAACAUCUCCAACGGUUUCUGGGGCGAGAAGAUGACCGGCAAGGACAAAGUGCAACCGGCAGAGGCGCCUGUCAAGGAGAUCAGCAUGGUUGACGAGAAGGUCACCCGCCAAAUCACCGCCGAGGAGCUCCAGGAACACUCCGGGCGAGGAGAACCCAUGGUUCGUCGUCAACGGCCCAAGUCUACGACGGCACCAAGUUCCUCGAAGAGCACCCCGGCGGCGCCGCCUCCAUCACCAACGCCGCAGGGCAAGACCGAAAACGCCAAAGCCAUGAUGCCGACCUACCACAUCGGCGCCGCCCCGCGCACCCUCUCCGAGCCCGAACCCACCGACUCCCCAGCGACCCUCGACCCCGUCUUCCUCUCCCCCAAAACCUGGCGCCGCGCCCUGCUCGCCUCCAAAACCGCCAUCUCCCCCGACACCAAGAUCUUUCACUUCACGCUCCCCUCGCCCACCCAAACCAUCGGCCUCCCCGUCGGCCAGCACCUGAUGAUCCGGCUGCGCGACCCGGCCACACGCGAGGCCAUCAUCCGCGCCUACACCCCCCUCUCCGAGGGCCACGAGACAGGCACCCUGCGCGUGCUGAUCAAGAUCUACCGCGACACGGCGGAGCGCAAGGGGGGGUUGAUGACGCAGGGGCUGGAUGCGCUGCCGGUGGGGCAUGCGGUGGAUUUCAAGGGCCCCGUGGGCAAGUUUGAGUAUCUGGGUCGGGGGAGGUUGACUGUGUAA